AUGACAGCGACUGAGAUUACAUCAAUGAAGGACAAGAAUAUGAAAUUUCUAUCCGAUACAAAGGGAGGGCAAAUACCCGACAGCCGACGUAUCGAAAUUAUUGCACAACAAACAAAGAAUGACUCCACAGUCUAUGUAGACAAAAGACAGGCAGACAAGAUAUACCAGACUGUCUCAGUGCUGUGUUUUAUCCUCACCAUGGAGAGAAAUCUGUACAGCAAGGCCGCCGUUGUGAACGCGACUUGGGCCAGACGCUGUAACAAAGUGCUGUACGUCCUCUGCACUGACCAGAACAAUUCCGACAUCUUGUCCACGUGUUCUAUAACAGAAAGCAAAGAACAUUUGACAGGGAAAGUACGAUAUUCUAUGAAUCAUUUGUAUAAAUACUACUUAAACAAAUAUGAUUGGUUUUUAAAAGCAGACGAUGACACCUAUGUAGUGAUGGAAAACCUGCGAUAUUUAUUAUCACAUUACCCCACAGACAAGGCCGGGUAUCUAGGAUACCAUUUUAAAUUAUUCGUUACCCAAGGUUAUAUGAGUGGAGGCGCUGGCUAUGUGAUCAACAAACAGGCUCUCAAACAAGUCGUGGAACGAGGUUUCAAAUUUAAUCAUUGCCGCGAAGAUGGCGGGGACGAGGAUGUAGAGAUAGGUAAAUGCCUCCAGGCCUCAAACGUAACAGUGUUCAGUUCCUUAGACAAAUUCCAAAGAGAGACAUUCCAUACUGACUCUCCCUGGGAGCACACACUAGGCUUGCAGCCCGAAUACCUUGACAGAUAUUCCAGAAACACCGUCCACGGGGGUGUCGACUGUUGCAGCCAGUUCCCAGUGACAUAUCAUCAUCUUAAUGAGGCAAAUAUGUUAUUUUUAGAACAUAUGCUUUAUAGAACGCACGUCUGGGGCAGACACGGAAGAACAGACGUAACGGAUUUUUUCAAACCUCAAAUUGUCACUCCUCCCGACACAAAACGAAAGGACGGACAGACCGAAGUAAAGAAUUAA